GAGCCCUUUUGUCCCUCGCGGGCUCCUGUCGGGCCGCCUAUAUAAGCGGGCGGCGGGCAGUUGUUCGGCCUUUCCCUGCGGCGCGGGCGGCUACAAAGAAUGGAGCGGAAGACGGCCUCGCCCUGAAAACGAGAAGCCGGGGAAAGGAAUGUGAACACUACAAACUUGGGAGGUUUCCUCCAAAAACUCAGAAAAAUGUGAAUACAAUACGGGCCGAAAAGUCUUCAUCCUAGAAGUCAGGUUCACUCGAGGAAGACAGUAUUGAUUUCUUUUGAAAUGUAAUGCAAAGCUAUUGAAGGUAAGUAUUAUGACAUCUUUUAGUACCAAGAAUAAAAUACUCCAGGCACAAUGUGUUAGCGAAAUGGCUGGUGCCAGUGAGUUGGAAUACAAAAACUAGAGUUGAAGUAGCAUCUGAGGUCUGGUCGUUUAAAGGACAUGGACAGGUCAAUAAAAAAGAAAAUAACAGCUAUACAGUCGAUGCCUGUUGGCAGCAACACUGGGUAAGAGCAACAGCCACCUACCAGCCACCUUUCCCCUGGCAAUGUUUUUCCUGCCAUGCAUCUUCUGUCUGGUAACAGCAACACAGCUGCUGCUUAAGAGCAACACUUGUGGAUCAGGAGAUGCUUGACCUCGCUGUGCUUAGCAGCCUGCGGACACCAUGCCAAGAAGUCUCUCCCUUAAAGAGAAAGUUGAGAUUAUUCAGGCCUGUCAAGUUCCUGGAGCCAAUCAAAACCAAGUUGCCGUCAAGUGGGACUUGCACAGAUCAGUUGUUUGUAGAAUAUGGAAGCAGAAGGAUAAGCUUUUGUCUGAUUAUGAGGAUGGCCAGGCAAAGAGCAGUCGCAAACGCAAGCGGGAGGGGAAAGCCCCUGAUGUCGACAGGGCGCUCUUUCACUGGCUUAAGGCAAAGAGGGCAGAAGGAGCUUUGCUUACAGGACCUAUCAUCAAGGACAAGGCCCUCCAGCUUGCUGCUGCAGCUGGACUCGGUGAUUUUAAGGCGAGUGAUGGUUGGUUCAGCAGGUGGAAGAAACGAUUCAAUGUCACAUACAGAAAGGAGCAUGGAGAGCAGCAGUUGAGGGACAAGCUGUCAGCUGUGCAGUGGCAGGCUGAGAGACUUCCUCAGGUCCCUGAGAAGAUUUCUCUAGCUGACAUCUACAGUGCGGACAAGACUGGGUAUUAUUUGAAGGAGCUCCCUGGCAGUGGACUCAGAAUAAAAACAGAGAAGCUGGAAGGUGGUACUAUUUCCCAAGACAGAGAUUGUCUUGGUCUCUCUCCUGAAGAAUGGCAGGAUGUAAAACCAAAACUAAUUUCCAGCUGCUUCAAAAGGGGCAAGGUAAUAAAGUUUCAUGCGGUGCCAGGGGAGGAGGAGGAAGGCAGGGAUGCAGAAGAAGGCGUUGCCCCCCCGAACGAUAUUCCACUCACGAGUAAAAUGACAGAAGAGAGUGUGGCAGAUGCUGCAGCUAGGGAUGAGGGCUUGCCCGGGUUUGGAGAGCCAAGCGUUGGGGAGUUCGUUGGCACCGCUGCCACUAGACCAGAGAAACAUCCGUGGGUUGAAAAGACUGAUGAUCAGGGGACAGAACAAGUGGGUGAGCGUGAUCUUGAUGAAAUUCUACCUCCCACAAAUGCAGAUGUGUUGAAGGCUUUGAGCAUGGUUUGGCACUUCUCACGGCAAGAAAGGCUGGGAGACGAGGUUUAUAGGUCCCUUCAGGACAUCAAAUCCCAUCUCCAAAACAAAAUGGCAGCAGAAGCAGUGCAAAUUAACAGAGUUCUUCCCCCAGAUACCUUGAGUUGAUCCUUUUCUGAUUUCAGCAGCCUGGAAUUACAAUGCGCUUUGUGGAGCAUGACUUUAAUUUAGCUUGUGUUGGUUGUCAAUAGUGGUGGUUUGGUGGUUGUUUGAACCAAAAAAUAAUACUUGAAAAUUUUUAUGGUGUAAACUUAAUCCAUGCUGCCCUUAGCUACCUGUCUUACAUAUCAGAAAACAGGGGCUGCUCUUGGUUGGGCAUGUCCAGUGACAGCUGCUUUAGGAACAAUAUAGCCCCAAGGCACUGGCACAUUGCUACGAACAGGCGUCGACUGUAAUAGAAAGCUUCCUUUUAUAAGUUACUAUUGGUAUGUAAUGUGCUUAAAGUGUAAGUUUUGAUGACCAUUUUGAAUUACUGGCCCUAAUUUUAGACUGGACACUGAAGCUAGAUUGGUAAUUUCAGCUUGCACAGAAACACAGCAGUGCAAUUCUGAUUAUCUCAGGGGAAAUUUAAAAUUCAACUUGUAAAGUCUCCUCGUGGAAUUCAAAGACUUUCUGGGUACUGUUUUCUCUGUACCUUGUGUCUACAGCCUGCUUCUUGACUCUGAGCUCUGAGACCAUCUCCCUCUUCUGUUUGAAAAAUGCUCAGCGUGUAUUUCUUUCAAGUGUGUCCGCUUUUUCAUUUCUCUAAGCCUUAAAGAACAGGUGACUGACCAUCAAAGAUACCUUCGUAAUGCACGGAUUAUUUUCUUUAGAAUCGAAAUUGUCUAACAUCGUUGUCCAGUGAGGUUUGCUUGGAACUCGAAUUUUCCAGUUAAUGUGUGAAACGGUCAGAGCUCCCAUGUUGUAAAUGGACUAUUUCUGUGUUUUAUAAGCGUGUAAUACUUUCUAAGCACAAUAAAAUUCAUUUGCACGUGAAGAGAACAGCAUUAAUGUCGUCACAUUUAUUGAGGCUUUGCUAUCCUUAACCUAGUAGUUUCAGAUGUUUGCAUAUUAACGUUGGUUUGUACUUUGGCACAGAACAGGUCCAUUGUUUGUGCAUUAGUGAUUCAGAGACAUUUAUCUCUGCAUUUAAAUAAUUACUGUGGAUAGCUGCCACUUCGGUUAGUUGGCAAGACUACAUGUGUGAUAUUUCCUUUCCUUACUGCCUAUUAAUGAUCAAUUAUUGUUCCAUUGAGACAUAAAUAUGAGUGCUGUGUCGUAUUUAUGCCAGAAGGAGGCAGGCAGGAAGCGUUAUGCUGCUUUAUAGUCUGUAUCCUUAAAGAAAGGAUACACACAGACCUUUAUAGCAGCUGAACAACGUGGUAAUAAGUUGGAAUGUGCACACUUGGAGAGGAGGAGGGGGGGGGGUGUUUUUUCCUGCAUGAAAUUAUUUUUCUCUUAGACUCUUGAUUUAUGUUAAGGCUUUCACACAUCCAGUCCAGCACUUACCUUUUAAAGUAGUGGGUGCGUUUAAGGACUUUUCAAUUGCAGUUUAAUAUUAAUGCAUUAAUAUAGCAACUGUAAUAUUCAGCUGGUAAAGCACUCCAUUCCCCACAACUGUCUCAACAAUGAAAUUAUGCGGAAUCUUGUAGACACGCUUGUUUGUUUACACUGAUUGUAUGUUUCCAAAUGUGUAUUGUGAAGAAUUACGCCAAAAUAAAGGAAAAGGCAUUUUUCGACUCAUAA